AUGGAAGCUAAUAAUCGCUUCCAUAAAUGCAGACUGUGUUUAAAGAUCGGCGAUUUCUGUUCAAUAUUCGAAAAAGAUGACACGAUUAAAUUAUCGGAAAUGGUUAUGUCUUUUGCCAAUGUCCAAAUUCAUGAAGGAGAUGGUCUAUCAGAUCGGGUAUGCACAGCUUGUAUGGAAAAUUUAAGUACUGCAUAUUUAUUUAAACAGCAGUGUGAGAGAAUUGAUGCAUUAAUGAGAAAAUUUCCAGAUGCCCAGAUUGAUAAGUCAGAAAUCACAAAUUACAAUGAUGUAUACAAACAGGAAUUUACCAUGCAUACACAAUAUAUUAAUGAAGAAAAUGAUGAAAAUUUGGUCAAAGCGACUCAUGACUCGAGCCUUGACUCUAGACUCAGCCCUUGUUUUGAGACUAGUGAUGAGACUGAUAGUGAUAUAGAUUCAGUUAAAUGUGUGUAUUGCAGUCAGUCAUACAAUUACGGUGCCCAUACAUGUCACGUCACUUGUACGAUUGAGCACAAUGAACUUCAACAAUCAAGCAGCAAUGAAACACUUGUAGCCACCGAUUUAACACCAACCAAAUCAAAAAUGCCUGCCAUAGACCUGCAAAACGUCAGUGUCUCGUGUGUAUUGUGCGAUGAAAAAUUUCAAAGAUACGAUGCUUAUGUUGUACAUUUAAAUAAAUGCACCACUAAUGUUAAACUUCAUCAUUUCGUGUGUCCCGUCUGCCAUGAUAUGUUUAACGAUAAAUUAAGGUAUCUAGACCAUCUGAAAGUAGAUCAUUUCAAAGAGGAUGAAUCAAUGUCAAGUGACCCUGGAGUUGACUGUGUAGAUUUUUCACCGAUCGUCGUUAAGACGAGGAAACCUCUGGCUGUUAGACGACAAAUUGGUUGGUCUGUUGAAGAUAUAUACCAAGAGAUAGAUUGUCAUAAAAUAGAACCAAAACCAAGUCCAGCGGCUAGUCCAUUGAAGAAUUUCUUUUCGAAGUUGGGGAAUGAGUCUUUCAGCAGUAAACAAAGUACACCUAAGAAGGUCAGUUUUCGUAAGUUUAUUGAAAAUGGUAAAGCAAAGACUGCUGUAUAUCUGCCAUUUAAGAAAUACAUACAGAAUUAUAAACUUAAAAAGAAGAUGUCGAACUACAGCCCUAUUAAUUCCAAGCAACAAAUAACGAGCACAAUACAGGCUACCAUUCCAGAAUAUGUUUCAGACAGUGAUUAUGGCUCACCAAGUGGAACAUCAGAAGAUUCCUGGAAGAUGAAACAAACUUUGAUAUGUGCCUGUGACAAAAAAAUCUUCAUGCUCUCUGAACACAUCCAUGAUCGUGACAGAAUAGUUGCAAUGAUAAAUGAGCUAGGUGGAGUCGUAGCUGAGAAUACUAAAAUGGAGAUGUUGGCAACACAUUUUAUUUCAGUGUUGCCAAAUGAUACAUUCACUGGCAUGAUGGUUUGUUCCUUGGCUACAGGAAAGUGGCUACUGCAUAUCAGCUUCAUCUAUGAUAGUUUUAGAUGCAAGAAGUUUUUACAAGAAAAUAUGUACGAAUGGAUGAGACAUCCGAAAAUAUUAGAAAUUGACAAUACCAGCGUCGAAAUUUCGAAAGCGGCUGUUUUUUGGCAAAUGGAACUACAAACCAAGAAUUCUAAAUAUCCAUUUGAAGGAAAACAGAUUGUUCUCAUCAUGAAGAAGAAAUAUAGACAGUACUAUCACAUGAUAUUCAAGAGUCUUAAAGCGAAACCAGUCACUUAUGAUCCAAGAACACCUGGAAGUUGCUGUUCUGCGGACUACUGCUUUGUCGACAUGAAAAUCAUUGAAAGAGUCAAAUUGCGUUUUUUCUUUCAUCACAAUGUCCCAGUGUUUCCUUACCAGUAUAUUCUGGUAUACCUCCUUAAGAGAGGAAAAGUGGAUGAUGAACACAAAUAUUUACUUCAAGACUGUAGUAAAAUCAAAAAUGAAGAUUUUUUCUUUAACAAUACUUAUUAG